AAAGAAGCGCGAGGCUGAAACCGGACCGGACAGUAUUGACCGGAUUGAGAUUAAAUUGGAUUUAUUUACUAAUUAGACGAAGUGUUUGUGUCAGGAUGUCGUUGUUGAAGCCGUUCAGUAAACUGCCUGGUUUGAACACUGCGAGCAUCCUGCUGGUGGAGAAUGAGGAGCAGUUUCAGCAGAGUUUAGCAGACGCUCUGGUGGAGGAGACGGCUGUCACUGUGAAUGUGAGACUAGCUAAGAGUCUGCCUCUGCCCAUGAAGAACGAGGAGAGUCGUCCCAGAAUAGACCUGGUGGUGUUUAUCAUCAACCUGACCUCAGAACUCAGUUUCCAGUCAGCAGAAGCUUCCCUGAAAUAUUUGGACCCUGGAUAUUUCCUUGGAAAAGUCUGUUUCAUGGUCACCAAUGCUCGUAACGCUUCGGUCCCCACAGAGCGCCUGGACGCUGUCAGAAAGCUGGCUGCAUCGCUCCACUGCCCCUUGCUGUUUGCUGAGGAUCAGACACCAGAUGGUGUGGCCAAUGCUACAGAGAGGCUGCUGACCAUCCUGAAGGUGGCGGCCGGCCUUGUUCCCAUGGCUACUGCUCUGUACCUGUCCAACCUGACUCGCUGCACGGUCCCCCCAGACAUCGACCAGCCGAGUUUUGAUUAACUCCUGUGGCUGUAUUCUCUGAAGCGAUGCCCUCUCUGACUUAUUAAUGUAUAUAUUUAUUUGUAGUAGUUCAUUGGGACACAUUAGCAUCGUAUUUCCACUAAUCGUUUUACAUAAAUGUCUGUGGUUUGGCUGCUCUUCUCUGCACUGUGUGGGCAUGUACAGUCUGUGUUUGACGGUGUGUUUUGAUCUCUCUCCAAGUGAGUCUGGUGGCAUGGCAUGUGAUGUCUAGCAUUGGCUCCGCCCACCUACAUCCAGAUUGAAAUCCCCUGUGUGGGUGUGCAAGGCCAUUAAAUUAUACUUAUGUCAACACGAUGCUGCACAGCUUCAUUUAAAGCAAGAGUAUUUUUGUAUAAUACAGUACAGUAUUGUGUGUGUGUGUGUGUGUGUGUGUUUGUGUGUUAUGGUUCAGACAUUUGAACCAUCCACUGGAUGCUUUUAACAGGAAAACAAAGUGUCAAUUCAAGGAAAUAAAAGAUGUCUAUGAUCAAUAAAAGCACCAUGACAGUUUAUUCUGGUUACAUUGAAACUGAGUUGAAGAAAAGGAUGAUUGGAUGAUUAAUUAAUUCAUCCUAUAAGCUGCU